AAUCCCAGCAUGCACUGUUAAGCGCCUGACUUUCUUCUGCACAAAGUUCUCAAGUUUGUUGCUGGCUGGGUGAUCGGGAGGACGGCAUCCAUUUGCUGCUCUAAAGUGCCAUUAUGGGGCGACUUGAUGGGAAAGUCAUCAUCCUCACAGCAGCCGCUCAGGGGAUCGGCCGAGCAGCUGCCUUAGCUUUUGCAAGAGAAGGUGCCAAAGUCAUAGCCACAGAUAUCAAUGAGUCCAAACUGCAGGAACUGGAAAAGUACCCGGGUAUUCAAACUCGGGCCCUCGAUGUCACAAAGAAGAAACAAAUUGAUCAGUUUGCCAAAGAAGUCGAGAGACUUGAUGUUCUCUUUAAUGUUGCUGGCUUUGUCCACCAUGGAACCAUCCUGGACUGCGAGGAGAAGGACUGGGACUUCUCAAUGAAUCUCAAUGUCCGCAGCAUGUACCUGAUGAUCAAGGCGUUUCUUCCCAAAAUGCUUGCUCAGAAAUCUGGCAACAUUAUCAACAUGUCCUCUGUGGCUUCCAGCAUCAAAGGAGUGGUGAACAGAUGUGUGUACAGCACAACCAAGGCGGCCGUUAUUGGCCUCACCAAGGCCGUGGCUGCAGACUUCAUCCAGCAGGGUAUCAGGUGCAACUGUGUGUGCCCAGGAACAGUUGAUACCCCAUCUCUACAAGAAAGAAUACAAGCCAGACCAAAUCCUGAAGAGGCACUGAGUGAUUUUCUGAAGAGACAGAAGACUGGAAGAUUUGCAACUGCUGAAGAAAUAGCCCUGCUGUGUGUGUAUUUGGCUUCCAAUGAAUCCGCCUACAUGACAGGGAAUCCUGUCAUCAUCGAUGGAGGCUGGAGCUUGUGAUCGCAGGAUCUCCUUGCUGGGAAGGCGGGCCCUUCCCGUCCUCAGUGAACCUGGUUAUGAAGAAAACGCGCCAUCCUGUCCUUCUUAUUAAUGGCAUAGGAAUGAAAACAAGCCCUGUCGUUGUUCACAACUCCGGUUCUUUAAAUAUCUUAAUCUCUUUCUAAUCUCUUCUACAAUCAUUGUAGGUGACAUAAAAGGUGAUGAACUCACUGCAAAUGGAUAGUUUUAAAAAUAAACCUCAAUUUGUAAGCAUACAAAAUAAAAUGUCAGUAUGAAGAAAAAA